GGUAAAUUCAAAUUGAAAGUGAAACUUUCUUAACAAAAUUCUCACAUUAAAAGACGAAUUGAGUUUAAACCACGGUUAAACCAUGCUAAACCGAGUAAAAUUACAUUUAUAUAUUUUUAACCGGAAAUGUUAAACCAGAACCGGUUAUUUAACACUAUUAUCCUCGAAGAGGUUACUUGAACACGAUUCUCGUUGGCUUCAGACAUUUUCCAUCUUCUAGGUUUCUUUCUUUCUCAGCAAUUUCCAGGUACGCUGUUUCUGUCUAUUCAAUUUCUGCUUUUCUGUUGAAUUCGCAUUGCCGGAGGUAAGAAAAUGAAGUCAAUGAGAAGAAAAGAACGAUUUUUUUUUUUAAUUCCCAACUUGUGUUCGAUCUCUGAGCAGCUCUUAUCUGAUACAACCAUUUUUUUGGAUAUAAUAUCUAAAUUUGUAGUCUUUAGUUUAAUUCAGAUCCCAAUUAUAAUAAUGCCCUUUUGAUCUGAUCCACAUUGCGUAUCAAAGGCUAUUAUUAUUUUAUUCCCAGAGUUCAAUUAUUUAGUUGGUAGAAUCUCUCUGUGUUGUUGUGAAUCUGUCUGUUUAUGUAAAUCAAUUCAAAAGGUUGUGACUUUUGUGUUUGACUUAGGAAAAUGGAAGUGAAAGCUAGAGCUCCUGGGAAGAUCAUACUUGCAGGGGAACACGCUGUUGUUCAUGGAUCCACCGCUGUAGCUGCCGCCAUUGAUCUCUACACUUACGUUACUCUCCGCUUUCCUCUUCCAUCAGCUGAGAACAAUGAUAGGCUUACACUUCAGCUCAAGGACAUUUCCUUGGAGUUUUCAUGGUCCUUAGCCAGAAUCAAAGAAGCGAUUCCUUAUGAUUCAAGCACUCUCUGCCGUUCUACGCCGGCUUCAUGUUCAGAGGAGACCCUUAAAUCAAUUGCAGUUUUGGUUGAAGAGCAAAAUCUUCCAAAGGAAAAGAUGUGGCUCUCCUCUGGGAUCUCCACGUUUCUCUGGUUAUACACCAGAAUUAUAGGGUUCAAUCCGGCUACAGUAGUCAUUAACUCUGAGCUUCCAUACGGGUCUGGCCUCGGUUCAUCAGCAGCUUUAUGUGUAGCUCUCACAGCUGCUCUCCUUGCUUCUUCUAUUUCAGAGAAAACCCGUGGUAACGGUUGGUCAUCUCUCGAUGAAACCAAUCUUGAGUUGCUAAAUAAAUGGGCUUUCGAAGGCGAAAAGAUCAUCCAUGGGAAACCUUCUGGGAUAGACAACACCGUCAGUGCAUACGGCAACAUGAUCAAGUUCUGCUCAGGCGAGAUAACUCGGUUACAAUCCAACAUGCCUCUGAGAAUGCUAAUUACCAACACUAGAGUUGGGCGAAACACAAAAGCUCUGGUCUCUGGUGUGUCACAGAGAGCGGUAAGACAUCCUGAUGCGAUGAAGUCAGUGUUCAACGCCGUGGAUUCUAUAAGCAAAGAGCUCGCUGCGAUCAUUCAGUCUAAAGACGAGACCUCAGUUACAGAAAAAGAAGAGAGAAUAAAAGAACUCAUGGAGAUGAACCAAGGUCUGCUCCUGUCAAUGGGGGUUAGCCACAGCUCAAUCGAGGCUGUGAUUCUAACCACGGUCAAGCACAAGCUUGUCUCCAAACUUACAGGAGCUGGUGGCGGCGGCUGCGUCCUCACUCUAUUACCAACCGGGACGGUGGUGGACAAAGUGGUGGAGGAGCUCGAGUCCAGCGGUUUUCAGUGUUUCACGGCAUUGAUUGGUGGUAACGGAGCUCAGAUUUGCUAUUGAUCAGGUCGGAAAAAUCAUAUUUGGCCUCUCACCAUUCUUAAACUUGCUGACGUGUACGUCAAGAAGGCUGCAAUUAGAAAUUCAAAGAGUCGAUUUUUUCUUAUAAAUGAUGUGUUGAAUGUAAAAUUGCUUUAUUAUUAUACCAUGUGACAAAUAAUUGAAAAAAGCAAAGAUUGUUUAGUUUUUUUUUUUGUAUUUUGAAAUUGUUAUGUUUCAUGAUGGGAAAUAUAAAAUGACAAAGUUUUUACUU